AUUCCCCCCCUUUACUUGCAGGGACUCCGUGGCAAAGGAUUAGGGCCCCUUAGCCCUGGCGGGGAUCCUAAGAGGCAGUGAGGGGGGUGGGGGCCGGCCCAUGUACAGCCCCAGGGUUCUCGCAAGUGGGAGCUUGGUUUCUGCCCUGGGAAACGGGGCGCCCUUCGCGAGGAGGGAAACCCCUCCGCGGUGCUUGAUGCCCCAUUAACACUUUCCCUGUCUCUCCUUAUCGGGCGACCUUGAUUCUGAGCCCGGAACAGCUGCAGCCAUGCGAAGCGACGGGAGCAUUUUUCAGGGGAAGGCGCUUGCUCCUCCACGUUCUUGCCCCGUAGGGACAGUGACGACGGCAAAGCUUACCGCUUUCCUCGCCUCGGGCUAGGGCUUGUUCCGCCGCCCUUUCCUGGGCUUCUCCUUGCUCUCUUAUAUUUUUCCUAAUGCCCCUUUCCUACCACCCGCCCCCUCCCUUGUGGGGAAAAGCCUGACCUUGGGAUGUCCUUGAAGCCUUGGAGCCCGGGCCAGCCCUGGGAUCUUGAGUGGAUUGGAAGGAACACCCCAGUGGCAGUCAGAAGAGCUGGGUUCUAAUCUCAGAUCUGGCUCCGGGGUUGCUGUGUGGCUUGAAGCACAGACCUUUCCCAUAUCUGGGCCCUUUCCCACGAGGGUGUUGGGCCCUCUGCUUGAUUCACGAUCUUUACAUUCUAAAAUACUCCGGUUCGGUUUUGUUUUCAGGCAAGGUGACCCCAUGGCAAGGCGCAAGCCAGAAGGGUCCAGCUUCAACAUGACCCACCUGUCCAUGGCUAUGGCCUUUUCCUUUCCCCCAGUUGCCAGUGGGCAACUCCACCCUCAGCUGGGCAACACCCAGCACCAGACAGAGUUAGGAAAGGAACUUGCUACUACCAGCACCAUGCCCUACCAAUAUCCAGCACUGACCCCGGAACAGAAGAAGGAGCUGUCUGACAUCGCUCACCGCAUCGUGGCACCCGGCAAGGGCAUCCUGGCUGCAGAUGAGUCCACUGGGAGCAUUGCCAAGCGGCUGCAGUCCAUUGGCACCGAGAACACCGAGGAGAACCGGCGCUUCUACCGCCAGCUCUUGCUGACAGCUGACGACCGCGUGAACCCCUGCAUUGGGGGUGUCAUCCUCUUCCAUGAGACACUCUACCAGAAGUCGGAUGAUGGGCGUCCCUUCCCCCAAGUUAUCAAAUCCAAGGGCGGUGUUGUGGGCAUCAAGGUAGACAAGGGCGUGGUCCCCCUGGCAGGGACAAAUGGCGAGACUACCACCCAAGGGUUGGAUGGGCUGUCUGAGCGCUGUGCCCAGUACAAGAAGGAUGGAGCUGACUUCGCCAAGUGGCGUUGUGUGCUGAAGAUUGGGGAACACACCCCCUCGGCGCUCGCCAUCAUGGAAAAUGCCAAUGUUCUGGCCCGUUAUGCCAGUAUCUGCCAGCAGAAUGGCAUUGUGCCCAUCGUGGAGCCUGAGAUCCUCCCUGAUGGGGACCAUGACUUGAAGCGCUGCCAGUAUGUGACCGAGAAGGUGCUGGCUGCUGUCUACAAGGCUCUGAGUGACCACCACAUCUACCUGGAAGGCACCUUGCUGAAGCCCAACAUGGUCACCCCAGGCCAUGCUUGCACCCAGAAGUUUUCUCAUGAGGAGAUUGCCAUGGCGACCGUCACAGCGCUGCGCCGCACAGUGCCCCCUGCUGUCACUGGGAUCACCUUCCUGUCUGGAGGCCAGAGUGAGGAGGAGGCGUCCAUCAACCUCAAUGCCAUUAACAAGUGCCCCCUGCUGAAGCCCUGGGCCCUGACCUUCUCCUACGGCCGAGCCCUGCAGGCCUCUGCCCUGAAGGCCUGGGGCGGGAAGAAGGAGAACCUGAAGGCUGCGCAGGAGGAGUAUGUCAAGCGAGCCCUGGCCAACAGCCUUGCCUGUCAAGGAAAGUACACUCCGAGUGGUCAGGCUGGGGCUGCUGCCAGUGAGUCCCUCUUCGUCUCUAACCACGCCUAUUAAGCGGAGGUGUUCCCAGGCUGCCCCCAACACUCCAGGCCCCGCCCCCUCCCACUCUUGAAGAGGAGGCCUCCUCCUGGGGGCUCCAGGCUGGCUUGCCCGCGCUCUUUCCUCCCUCGUGACAGUGGUGUGUGGUGUUGUCUGUGAAUGCUAAGUCCAUCACCCUUUCCGGCACACUGCCAAAUAAACAGCUAUUUAAGGGGGA